GGUGACCACCAUGACCCAAUCACCUUCCCUUUGAGCUGCCCCUUUAAAUUGAUUGUUGUGUGCUUCCGGGUUUCUCCUCUUUUCUCCAAACAUUGCUGCUGCUCAUUGUUGGCUGUCUGAUCGGUUGUUUAUAAAACAACCAGAGCGCUUAGAUUGACUCAUCGGUUGUUUUGUCUUUGAGACUUGAAGAUUUGCGGUGAGUGUUGAAUGUCAUCUGACUGUUGUUGUAUAAUAGCUGUACUGAUCGCGCCGCUAAUGUUGCCUCCCGUUAAACCACUCAGGUUGUGAUCUAUUGCCAAAAUCGAACAAGUUACCACACCUCCUCAGGCAAUCAUUACUCGACGGUCAGGUUUUUUUUUCUUCCUUGGAUUCACCUCUUUGACGAAGGAAGAUGGCGAGCUACCCACCCACCACCUGGUGGUAGGAAACGGAACUGCAUUUUUUCCUACAGGAAAUGAACUAAAACUCUUAAGGAGUAUUGCAAGGGGAAAAUACUUGUCUCCUUUUUGCUUUUGGACUUAUUGUGGACUCUAUUGGAUUCUGACAUAUCACUGAUUAUAAUAAUUAUUUUGUUGGGUUGUUUUUUUUCCUCCUUCCGUUUUUUUUGGAAAAUUUAUUGUUUUGUUGUUUUGGUAUUAUUAUUAUUAUUAUUAUUAUUAUUAUAGCCACUGCAAUAAAUAGCAGUAUUAACUUUACUUUUGCAUCAGUUGUAUUAAUUAUUCACCAUUAUCAUGACUCCGUAUCGUACCUAGUUCUAAUUAUAUAAGCUGGUUAAUAUUACAACUUGCAGUCAGAGCUGCGCAGUGAAGAAAGCGCUACAAGUGGCGAGCUAGCCAGGAGUCUUGUAAUGGGUGAAUAAUUGAACAACUCCACAGUAUCUUUAAUUUGGAUGUUAGUAACAAAAAGGAAAAAAAAGAAAAAUGGAUGUCGUUACUCAGUUGGGUUUAAACAUGCAACGAUCUGUGUUAGUUACUGGCACUCAGAGCGAUGAUGAUGAAAAAGAGAUAGUUGAACGUUUACAAUGUUAUGGUGCAGUAAAGGAGGUUUUUCAUGUUAAUGAUCCACAAAGUGCAUUUUAUAAAAACCUGAUUGUCGAGUUUGAAGAAGAUUCUUCAUUAAUUGCAUUACAACCCCUUUUCCCAUAUGAUUACCCUUCUCGAACCAGAUUAGAUAUGAUAUUUCAUGUUACCUCUCUUGCUUCAGAAUAUGCAGCCGCAGUGAGUAGCAGCAGUUCCCCCAUGGAUUACAUUGAUGAGUUGAAGAACAUAGCUACGCGAAGCGGAAAACGAUUUGAGGAGGUUCUUAAAGGUGUGAUGGACCAAAUCAGCACACAUUUGGAGAUGGCAGGAGGUGAUGAUGGAGAUGAUGAGGACAAGAAAGAUGACAUCCUCACCUUAGCACAACCUGUGCAAAGCCAGCAGACAUUGCUAUCUGUGCCUCAAGCGGUUUCAGCCCCUCCAACCCAUUCAUAUACUGAUUGGCAGGGAGAGCCACCUGGAGCUAGCCGCUCUCCUACACCGCCAAUCCAGAGAGUUUCUUUGUCAGGGAAUGACCUUAUUCCACAGAAUGUUCAAAAAGUUGUGGUGGAGCAUGUUGUAAAAAAUAGUGACUUUUCUACAUCCUCACUUAAACUCCGCUCAUUUUCAGGAAAAAUUCCAAAACCAAGCAAUGAAGCGGAUUAUGACUCAUGGCGAUCCCAAAUAGAGUUGCUGCUUGCUGAUCCCAGCCUUUCCAGACUGCAUAUUAAUCGGCGAAUUGUUGAAAGUUUGUUAUCACCAGCUGCCGAUUUGAUUAAAUGUUUGAGCCCGGGUGCAUCACAGGUGCAAAGCGCUACACGAAGCACAAACUGAAUUAUCAUGUAUUUGAAGUGACAUUGCACUUAACUGAUCAAAGUGGAGCGUGCUGUUAGGUGAUGUACAGGUCACUGAUGGCCCAACAAAGGAAGCUGUAGAUUUUAAAUUCUUUAGACUUAUUAAUGCUCCAUCACCCUUUAUCAGAGGGUGACUGGUUUGUGGGACGAGCAAUGGAGGGAGGGGUCCUUUACUAUGUUUGUAGUUCUGGACGGGCUUCAAAUGACAGACAUGUCAUCCACAGGAAAGAAGAAGCAGCC